UGGAGCGUGGAGAGGGAUCGGAGGAAACCGCCGCGCCGAGCAGCAUCUCUCCACGCUCCCUGACACCUCCUCUUCGCCGCCCCAGACCUGGACGUCGGCCUCGCAGAUCCACAGGCGGACCCACAUCCCUUCCCAUCCUCUUCAAGAGACACCAACCCCCAGAGGCACCCCUCCAGCCCUUGGGGCCAACGCUCGGCCGCCACCCGCGCCCUAAGGCUGCCGCACGCGGCAGCACCAAGCAUCCUUGCCCAAGGUCCUUUCUUCUCCCUGCUCCUCUGCCGCGCCCUCCAUCGCACCUGCGGGACCUUUUUGCCACUGUCACCCAGAAUCGCCAAAGCCCCAGAUCUCGCCGGCCCCUCUUUAGCCAAGUCGCGUUUCCCGGUCCCCGCGCACUUCCAAGAGCCCGGUGUCCCCCGUUGCCAUGAGCUCCCCCAUCGGCAAGAGCCGCUCCCUUGUCGCCUUCCUCCAGCAGCUGCGCCACCUGGGGCAGCCACCCAGACCCGUGACGUCCGCGGCGUGCGCACCCCCUGGGCCGCGGGAGGUGCCCCUCUGCCCGCUGAUGGAACCCGGCGAGGCGCAGGACGCGGCCGCCCUGCCGGGCCCCACCAACUGGCCGCUGCUGGGCAGCCUGCCGGAGAUUCUCUGGAAGGGGGGCCUCAAGAAACAGCACGACACUCUGGCGGAGUACCAUAAGAAGUACGGCAAGAUCUUCCGCAUGAAGUUGGGUUCCUUCGACUCGGUGCACCUGGGCUCGCCGUGCCUGCUGGAAGCGCUGUACCGCACGGAGAGCGCGUACCCGCAGCGGCUGGAGAUCAAGCCCUGGAAGGCCUAUCGCGACUAUCGCAAGGAGGGCUACGGGCUGCUGAUCCUGGAAGGAGAAGACUGGCAGAGGGUCCGGAGUGCUUUUCAGAAAAAACUCAUGAAACCAGUAGAAAUUAUGAAGCUGGACAACAAAAUCAAUGAGGUGUUGGCUGAUUUUAUGGGUAGAAUAGAUGAGCUCUGUGAUGAGAGGGGCCACAUUGAAGACUUAUACAGCGAAUUGAACAAAUGGUCAUUUGAAAGCAUCUGCCUUGUGCUCUAUGAGAAGAGGUUUGGGCUCCUCCAAAAGGAUACAGGAGAUGAAGCUUUGAACUUCAUCAUGGCCAUCAAAACAAUGAUGAGCACGUUUGGAAGGAUGAUGGUGACCCCAGUUGAGCUGCACAAGAGCCUCAAUACCAAGGUGUGGCAGGCCCACACGCUGGCCUGGGACACCAUUUUCAAAUCAGUCAAAUCUUGUGUCGACAAUCGCUUAGAGAAACAUUCUGAGCAGCCCAGCACAGAUUUCCUCUGUGAUAUUUAUCACCAUAAUGAGCUGUCCAAGAAAGAAUUGUAUGCAGCAGUCACAGAGCUCCAGCUGGCCGCCGUAGAAACGACAGCGAACAGCUUAAUGUGGAUUCUCUACAAUUUAUCCCGUAACCCCCAUGUGCAGCAAAAGCUUCUUAAGGAAAUUCGGAGUGUAUUGCCUGAAAAUCAGAUGCCACGGGCAGAGGAUUUGAGGAAUAUGCCGUAUUUAAAAGCCUGUUUGAAAGAAUCUAUGAGACUUACCCCAAGUGUGCCGUUCACAACUCGGACGCUUGACAAGGCAACGGUUCUGGGUGAAUACACUUUACCCAAAGGAACAGUGUUGAUGCUAAAUACCCAGGUGUUAGGAUCCAAUGAAGAAAAUUUUAAAGAUUCAAGCCAGUUUAGGCCAGAACGUUGGCUUCAGGAGAAGAAAAAGAUUCAUCCUUUUGCGCAUCUCCCAUUUGGUGUUGGGAAAAGAAUGUGCAUCGGUCGGCGACUAGCUGAGCUCCAGCUCCACUUGGCUCUCUGCUGGAUCGUCCGCAGAUAUGACAUCGUGGCCACGGACAGCGAGCCGGUGCAGAUGCUACAUCUUGGCAUCCUGGUGCCCAGCCGGGAGCUCCCCAUCGCCUUCCACCAGCGCUAAGAGCCUCAGAUUUUUUUUUUUUUAACCAUGACCAAGAACAGCAAUGUUUACCCUCCCACAAGAAUGGUGCUUAUGACUUCUACAUUCCUGGAAAGCUAACUUCAAUCACCAGAGCAUCAGACAGCACAUAAAGAACAGUUAGGCCCUGGUGUUUAUACUCUUUCUUCAGUACAAUUGUUCUAGAAGCUGCACCGUCUGACUGUCUGUAAAGAUGAUGGUAUUUAAUAAGAUUGUAUCUGACUCAGGAAACCAGAUUGUUGGGACACAAGGCACUCCAAGGAGUAUACUGCCGGCUUCCUUGAACCGAUGUCAGCACCGUCUUGGCUUACGUAAAAUUACCCCUAAUACCGCUUUCUCUUGCACCUUCCGUGACGUGACAAGGAGGCCAGGCAUUUUCCAGUUAGUCUGGCAAAGUCACUAAAUGUUUCUGUUCCUUCCCUACCCAAUUCACUGCUUGGUUCUUUACUUCUCAAAAGUGAGUUUACAUUUCACAAUGAAAGACCUAACGUAGGCUAGCUAAAUUGUCUGAGGCUUGCGGUAAUACUGGCAAUCCGUUGAUUGUAACUCUGCUUAAUGUAAUAUUUGGGGAAACACUUAUAAACAAGUAAGCACUUAUAAACAACGUAAGCAAAGCUAUAUGUUAAAGUAAUCUGGUCUCUGUGAAACCGUGUUUUUCCCGCUUUGAAAUUGCAGCAGUAUUGGGAAAUCAGAGAAUAACUCUAUUUUAAGAAAUACUUUGACACAGUCAGAACCUCUUAUCUAAGAAGACCUUAAUGAUUCACCAUGGCAUCAUUUUUUCAAAGGAUUCUGAAAUUCUUUAUUUAGCUAAUGGAUUUCCCUCUAGCGUUAAGAAGUAGAUCCACAGUUUUUAAAUUGUGUAUGUGUGUGUGUG